AUGGCCAACAUCGACCCGCCGGCCAUCUCUACGCCAUCACGACCCAGGUACUCGCUCAAACCAAAGCCAAGUGGUAACCUCACUUCGGCCACUAGUAGUCCCAAUGUCGCCGGGUUCAGCCCUGGGGGUCAAGUCUUCGAAGGCUACUCCUACCUCUCGCGAUCCACAUCCAUGUCGACCUCGACUCGAUCGCGUCCUAAGGGCUUGCAGAGCCGCACACCAUCCGAUGUCCACCUCGCGAGCCCUCCUACCGCCAGCCGCAAGCUUCCUUCCACACCCUCCUCCCCGAUCAUCCCUCGCCUGGCUGCUUCGUCCACCACCAGCCCUUUCACCAACACCACCGACCUCCCCAAGCGCAGAUCCACCAUUCAUCGCAUGCCUUUCUCGAUCAGCACACCCGAACUCCAAACCAUAUCGUUCCUUCAGCCUCACUCUGCCCAUUCAGAUUCCGAAGCAGAACGUCUAGCUGAAGCAGUCGCCAACCUCCCUCACAACCCCAAAAUCUGGCUCCCUUCCCAAGUAGCACUCUAUCUCACCCAUGUGCUCGGCCUAGUCCCUCGACCGGUAGUCGAAGACGUGACCGCCUACGUCAGGUCUUCCCGCAUGGGAGGUCGUGCUUUUCUCAGAUUAAGUGAGAAGGAUCUUGAGCGUCAAGGGCUUAAUCUCAAAUGGAGAAAGUUGAUGAUUGAAGCUGUUCGAAAGCUCAGGAGGGAUGCUCUCAGGGGCAGAAUCUGGGGUAAUGGCACCGGAUCAAUGCGCUGGCCCAAAUCUGCGUCGGAUCUGGAGCGAGAGGAAGCCGAUGAACAAGAUGCAAUGCUCGAGGACGAAGAGGCUACUUUUGAUCAGGAUGGUAUCGUUCGCAGCUCCAAGACUACAAGCAAGCUUACGCUCAAGCGAAUGCGUGAUAGCCGCAAAGUCAGAGGCAUGAUUCGAGCUUUCCAGACAUCUCCUGAGCAAGAUGAUCUGUCUCUUGCUUCACCCCACCACUCCACCGACGCUGUCUACGCUCCUCAUGGCUACGUACGCGAGCAAGCACAGCAGAUCUUAUCCGAGGCCGAACAGAAGAAGCUCUCCCUCCGCCGUCCCCUUCGUCCUCGCCGAUCCACUGCUGACUUCCCAUGGCUCGAGUCUCAGCCUGAAAAGAGCAAGUGGGAGGAUAUUGAGGCGCUGCUCGCCUCACUCACCCAGCAAGAGGCCAAUGAGCUUGCCAACAAACUUGGCAUGCUCGACUUGCUCGACACUGACGCUGUCAGCCGCGCUCUGAAGCAAGAAUCCCAUGACUCCAAGGCUAACUUCGUGCAACGCCGUGCGCCUUCGGCCGAAAGCGCAGACGAAAUCGCCAUGAUGCCCACACUCGUCCGUCAUGGCUCAGCGGACAGCUUCUCAGUCUCGGAGUGUAGUGGCACCGAAAGUGAGCUCGACUUCGCCGAAGAAACCGCUACCGAACCUCGCGGCCACAAACCUCGAUACAGCGUGCUGGAUGAAGAUAUCAUCAGAGCCAUCCUUGCUGAAGAAGACAACACUGCCACAAUCGCCAGCCACGAAUCUAGCCCGAAGACCGAGCUCACUCGCUCUCAGACCACAGCCUCCAUCCUUCGCCCUUCCCGACCCUACCGCGCUUCUAUGUACACCGAUGAUGAGCUGGCUGCGCUUAAGGACAACGAACAGCGCUUGCACACCCGCACCGAAAGCUCUCGAGAGCUCGUCGAGGUGCUCAUGUCCUCCGGUCCAGCAGUAGAGGACGCUGUGGCAGAACCUGACUUUGGCACUGCUAGACUGCGCACCGAAGAGACUGCCCCUUCUAUUCCCAGCUUCGAUGCCACCACUCCACCUCCACAGGCUGCAAAACAGGAUGAGGAGUACAUCUUUACCCUCCCCGACAGCUCUCCCUCCGACAACACCGCUUCCAUCCGCCGCAAGACCUCCCGCAAAGCCACAUUCGGCAGCAAACGCGGAAAAGCAGUUCUCUCUCUCCUCAACAACUCCGACACCGAAAACAGCGACCUUUUCGCCUCACUACCUGGUGCGACGAUGCUUCGUCAGAAAUCUAACGAGCCACGCGCCACUCCAGGUGCUACCACCACAGCAGAGGACGAAAAAGGUUGGGGUGGAACUCUCGGCCGCAGUUUGAGCAGAAAGAGCUUGAACAACGUCUUUGAUGCUCAACCAGCAAGCAGGUUUGCAAGUGUGAGGGCCAAGACUGGAAAGUUUGGAACCAGGAGGGGACUGGACAGAGUGGCAUCAGAAGCUGAGGGUGAGGGUGAGGGUGAGGGUGAGGGUGAAGGUGAGGGUGAGGGUAAGGGUAAGGGUGAGGGUAAGGGUAAGGGUAAGGGUGAGGGUAAGGGUGAGGGUGAGGGUAAGGGUGAGGGUAAGGGUGAGGGUGAGGGUGAGGCGUUCGCUGCUCGGUUGGAGGCGCUGGAGCUGGACAAGGACGUUGAUGCUCCAGUGGAGAGGUACGAAGAGACAGUGUUGUCUGAGGUUGAGGUUGAGGAGGAGGAGAGUGAACUGCAUCGCAGACCUUCGGUUGAGCAGCGAUUGUCUUCGUUGUUAGGUGCAGGUAUGGUCGAGGUUGGAGACGCACCCGCCGCAGUACCUGUCAAGGCAGUCAAGCAGGUCGAAGAGGCAGCAGCUGAUGUCGAGGCUGUUGCAGCGGAAGACCUUGGAGUCGUUUCGAAGGCAACUGAAGCCGCGGCCGAGGUUGAGGUUGAUGCACAAGGUCCUCCACCUGCCGAAGAUGCCGUCGCCCUCCUUGACACAGCCACAUCUGAUGAUGCUCACGCUAUCAACAAGGAGUGCUCUGCAGCCGAGCUAGAGGUCGUGGAAGAUGCUCCCGUUAAGGCUGAAGUAGCAGAGCUUUCCAACACUCCGAGCGAGCUUGUCGAGACCGCCAAGACGGUCGAAGACACUACUCCGGCCAAACAACUUCCGACGAUCGCCGAGACAGAAGAUCGAGAAGAGCUCGCCUCUGUCGUAUCUACCGAGCCAGAAACGCAACAGGAUGCUGUUGCCGAUAACGUCGCUCCAAUCGAGGUCGCUCUCGGGGCUAUCGAGGAGGACUACGUCGAAGUAACAUCCCUCUCUUCAACCCCUGCCGAUUCGAUCGCCUCUCAACCAGCCGAGCCCAUCACCACCGCCCUUGACUCCACUCCCGCUCCAGAAGGCCACUCACAGCUCCUCGUCCCCCUUACUCUCAUUGAACCGCACCCCUCGGGCACAGGCAGCAUCAAAAAGCGCUCCAUGGUACUCGUCGAUCGUAAAAGGUUCGAAAGUCUUGCUCGACGAAUGACAGACCUCGAGCAGCAGUUGGAGACUCGCGCUUGCUCGUUUGCCAGCAGCUCUACUCCAGCUACGAGUGGCGGGUCUGGAUUGCGAAACAUGUUCUCUGCUCCUUCCGCUCAGGAAGGAACAGAAGAGAGUGUGAUGGGCGAUGAAGAAGGUGAUGCUGUACUGGACGCAGUACUUGCUGCCUCCAUUCCACCUGACUCUCAGAAGGCGAAAGAAGGAACGGAGGUGUUGAAAGUAGACGAGACGGUCGAGCAGUCUAAGCCUAUUCAAGGUGGAUGGUGGAACCCUUCCUUAUGGGCCACCUACCUCUCUUCCCUCAAUCCGUAUUACUCUCAACCCUCCGCUUCACCUUCUUCCACUACUUGCUCCUCCGUUGGUACCUCAAACACCUACGAUGGAGACGAAGAGCUCAAUCUAUGGGCAUUGCUUGGACGACCGGAAAGCGAGCAAGAAGCACAUCUGCUAUCCAUUGGUGCUAUUCCAGCUUACAUGCUGGGGUUGGGCGCUGGUGUCGGAUUCGUGCUCGUACGAGAGAUGUUGGGAAAAGGUGUUCUUGGUCAACACUAA